AUGUGGGGUUACAAUGAUGUUGAUAUAUUACAAAUAUUUCACCGGAGGCCUACUUUGCGUAAAGUUGGUCUUGCCAACCUUCAAUCCAAACUCAACUUACUUAGUGCGUUGGGCCUCAAUUGUUUCGGCCUUGUCAAGGUCAUUAAUUAUCGCCCCCACUUGUUCAAUUGUCGCAUCAAUCACUGUUUUGGUGAGCGCCUAGAAUUUCUACUAGAAUUGUUUGGGUCAAGGGAGGUAGUUGUGAAAGCAAUUACACGAAACCCUUCCCUCCUCACCUAUGACUUCCAUAAUAAAAUGAAACCCGUCAUUGCCACAUACAAUGAAUUGGGUGUUAGUAGGAAGGAUUUAAUACCAAUGCUUCUAUCUCGUCCCACCUUAAUUCCCCGAACCUCUCUCAAUGAUGGGAAGUUGGAUUACAUUCGCAAGACUGGCAUCUCCAAGAAUUCCAAAAUGUACAAAUAUGUUGUCAUCCUGAUUGUUAUCUUACGCAUUGAGACAAUCUGUGAAAAGCUGGCAAACUUUGAGAAGUUUGGGUUUUCGGAAGAUGAGGUUUUUGGCCUUUUUGGACGUUAUCCUCUCAUAUUAAAUCUAUCUAUUGACAAGGUUCAACGGAAUAUGACUUUCAUAUUAGGCACAAUGAAACUACCAACCAGCGUGGUCCUUGGUCACCCAUUUCUGCUGUUCUGCAAUUUGGAAGCUGUGUUAAAGCCACGGGUUCUUCUGGCAAGAAAGAUACAAGAUAUGGCCCUAAUUCCACAAAUUAAAGGACCUGUAAUGUUGAGGGCAUUGAGAAUGAAAGAGAAGCAGUUUGUUAAGGCAUUUGUUAAUUGUCACCCAAAAGAUGAUGCUUAUGAACUGAUGAAGUUUUACUCAAACGCAAAAGAUGUCAAACGAUUAGCAGAAGCGUCAAAGAUUAAUGUCCAUAAAGGAUUCCCAUUCUGA